UGCGGAUCAGCAGCAGAUGGAUAUUCAAGCUCGAAUAGGAAGCUGCGCAGCCUCUCCUCAUUUUCUCUGGAUCACUCCAAAAAGCAAACCUUCUUCUUCUUAUUCUCGUUCUUCGCCGUUGAGACCUUUCUGCAACAAAAGAGGCUCCCAAGAACCCCAGCAAAACGGUGACAGUGGCAAUGGUGAUAAGUCCUCAACAGAUUGGGACAAGGCCUGGUCAAACAUGAAGAAGCAAAAGAAGAACAAGAAAGGCUUCUUCUCACAAUUCUCUCCCAACAAGUAUGUGACCUGGGAUCCUAGGCCUUCUGAUUAUCCACUAUCUGAGGAAGUCGAUCCCAUCAAGAGGACAGAGAGGUCCAACCUUAUGUUAUGGACUAGCCCAAGAUUUACUUUAGCAGGAGCAAUUGUAAUUGUCACCUUCCUCUUGGUUUACACCAUUAUUGUACCAUAUCAAGGUAACUAAUUUCAGUAAUUCAAAAAAAAGACCUCAUUUUGUUGUAAAUAACUAAAUGUAUGUAUUUACGAUGGUAUGAUGAU